GGCUUCAGGAGAAGUUUUCAUCAUUGAAAGAUUUUGGAAGACCAAGGAUGGAAAAAUCUCGAGCUUCCUUGCCGCAAGCUUCUCUACAACAGCGGAGGGUUCUCGAGCUUCUUUACAGCAGGCUUCUCUACAACAGAUGGAAGGUUUUCGAGCUUCUUUACAGCAGGUUUCCUUAGAACAGACGAUGACGCAAGAUUCUCAGAGUUUCUCACGGCAGACAUGUUUCCAAGCAAUAAUGAAAGAACUGAAAGAUAUAAAGGAGUUUCUGGGGAUGGUAGUAGAAAGGAAAGGAAGUGAUCAAAACAAAGGAGUACAAGACGUUGUUGGCAGUGAAGUGUUUGUCGGGGACCGAAUAUUUGAAAUCAAAGUGCCAAAAAUCAGCAUUAUAGAGACAGAACAUAGUGCAAAGAAUUCCCAGGCUCUUGCUCGCAAUUUGUUAGACUGUCUGCCGACAAAGAGGGAACAAGCUGACAGAACCUGCUAUGGUAAUGCGACAAAAAACCGAAUUCAACCAGACAUUUUGAGAACUAUAAGAAGUCAUUGUUUUGCUAAAUAUCCAUCAAGCAACGAGAAAGCUGAAUGGAUUAGAAUAGUAAAGGCACUAACUGACAAAUGCCAUGAUCAGAGUCAUCGGUUUCAAAUAACUUAAAAGUUAUUUAAUUACGACUGAACUGUUGCAAAUAUGUAGUAUAUGACUAUCUGUUCUUCAUCUCUUCAUUUCUUCUCAUUCCUUUUCUCGUGUUAAUUUUUAGGUGUUUAGAUUUCAAAUGUGCUAAUAGCAAAUACUACCACUUUUUAAUUUUGUUAA